AUGUGCAAUGUGAAUAAAGCUCCGUACAAUCUUCUUCCCACAACAGUGGGCUUUGAGGGGCAUGACUUGAGAUUCAAUAGGAAUCCCAUGUUUAGCUUAGGGGCAAGUAGGUAUGUCCCAAAGGGAGAUACUGUUAAUGCCAAGAUGUCCCUGGGUAUGGAGAGUAGCAACAUUACGCGAUUUGGGAAGCAGGAAGCCCCAAAAUUUUCCAUUGUUGGACGUCGAGACGCUGGCCAUGAAGGAGCUCACAGUCCUGGACCGAUUUACAGUAUAAAUGACAAUUUAACCAGACAAAAUCCCCCAAAGUACAGCCUAAAGGGGAGAACGAAGGAAAUUGGGGGGUAUACAGCACCAGGACCAAAGUAUGCCAUCAAUGACUUUGGGAAACCAUCAGCACCGGCAUUUUCUUUGGGGAAACGAACAUUCCAGGAUCAUAAGGAAAAGGGGCCCGGGCCAACUAAAUAUGGAUCUCCGAAUAUGAAUGCUUGUUUCCCGAAAUCCUCUCAAUUUUCCAUGAGAUUUCGACAGAAAGAAAUCGGAGAUAACUUCUCAGGUCCCGCCCCCAAUUGCUACUAUCCCAAAUUCACGUCUUCCUGCAAGUGCAAAGGUUUCAGUUUUGGAGUUAAACAUCACGCCUGUGCAGGAAAUUUUACAUCGCCUGAAGAUGAUUAUUAA